AUGGGUCGUCGGAAAAUCAAGAUGGAGAUGGUGAAGGACGCAGCGUCGAGGUUGGUGACGUUCUCAAAGCGCCGGAACGGGCUCUUCAAGAAAGCGAACGAGUUAGCAAUCCUGUGCGGCGCCGAACUCGCCAUUGUGGUGUUCUCGCCAGGCGGCAAACCUUUCUCCUUCGGCCAUCCGUCCGUCGACGUGGUGACUCAGAGGUUUCUCCGGCACCUCCACGACGAGGAGGACGAGGACGAGGAGGAAGCGAAAUGGCCGAAACUGAACAAGCGGCUAAUUAAUCUGACGAGGCAGCUGGAGGAAGAGAAGAAAAAAGGCGCAAUGCUGGACAAGGCGAUAGAGGAGAAGAUGGCCAAGUACGGGCUGGGGCCUGAGAGCGGUCCUGAUGAUCUGAGCAAGCUGGAGGGGUUCAAGCGGUCGCUGGAGAAACUCAGGGAAGACGUGAAGCUGCGGAAGAGAGAAAUGGAGGCUGCGUCGUCUUUGCUGGUACUUGCAGAGAAAGAGAACAAGAAGAGCAGAGGCAGAGAAGUCACAGUUCCAAGAGUUCCUUCCCAUGUCAGCAUAGUACUGAUUCAUAACAACGGAGGCAUGGUUGAUGAGUGUGUUAGGGAAGAAGCAGGCUCCGCCUUCCUGAAUCAGCCUGCACGAAUCCCUCACGUGACUGCAUGCAUACGUAAUAUCUGCUUCCAGCUCCGCUUCACUUGCUGAAGGCCUCGCCACACACCACUUCCUCUCGUUUUCCUGCUUCCAU